AUGGCCGACACUGUGGAAUUGGUUCCUGGCAAACACGUGCAAGACCAUGGUUACCGUCAUGUCCUGCCAGGUGAACAUGUUUAUGACGGCGUUCUGUUUUUUGGAUACAGUCCUCCUGAUGUUCUUGAUGCUGUUAAAGAAUUUAAAGUAAGAGAUGAUGAUGUGUUUGUUGUUAGCUAUCCUAAAGCAGGAACAACAUGGUUACAGGAAAUCUUGUGGUUAGUGAUGAAUGAUGGAGAUUUUGAUGGUGCCACUAAAACGCCUGUCUACUUCCGGUCGCCAUUUUUAGAAUUUAAAGAUUUAGUUUUGAAUGAAGUUGGGAUUGACCUUGCUAUUGCCAUGAGGUCACCAAGGGUCAUCAAAUCACAUCUUCCCUUCCGCAUGAUGCCAAAACAAUCACUAUAUUUACUCUCUUUACAGUUCGUGGUUGUGUUUAGGAAUCCCAAAGAUGUUUGUGUUUCUUAUUACAAUUUUUAUAAAGCUAGUUCUUCCUUUGGUGAAUUUACUGGAACUUGGCGAGAUUUUUUAAUCAUGUUUCUCACUGGUCGGGUGGACCAUGGCUCGUGGUUUGAUUUCACAUUAAGUUGGUGGGAAAGACGGACUGAACCUAAUGUAUAUAUUGUAUUUUAUGAAGAUCUUAAAAAGGAUCUAAAGGGAGAAAUAAGAAAGAUUGCAGAUUUCGUAGGAAAAAAUGAUUUAUCUGAUGAACUUUUAGAGAAAAUUGCCACUCAUUGUUCAUUUUCCAGUAUGAGAAAAAAUCCAAUGACUAACCACGAAGAUGUCUAUUCCAUCAACAAACAAGUCUCCCCCUUUUUAAGAAAAGGUAUUGCGGGUGAUUGGAAGAACCAGUUUUCGGUUUCACAGAAUGAAGAUUUUGAUGCAGUUUAUAAACAGAAAAUGGGCGAUGUGGAAAUACCGUUUCAAUAUGAAGUCAAACGACACCGUCGACAUCAAUCACCGCACCAUCAUACACAUUGA